CAUUAUUGUUUCUUUAUGAAAUUAUGUGAUUAUUAUAGAGUCCGUUUGACUUUCAUUAAAAAAAAAACACAAAUCUGAAGCUUUGAGGUUUAUGACACUAAAUUACUUGAAGUGUGCUGUGUAUUGUGAGACACGUUAUUGAGAUGUGGAUGAUGUUUUUUGUACUUUAAUCCGAUCUUAAAUGAAAGACUCCAAGAACAGUUGUGUUGGGGAAAGGAAGACUUUAGUGAAACUUGUAGGUGGGGACACAUGUAUGAGAGUAGCAAUGAUCUAGCUAACUAACUUUCUUCAGCUCUCAUUGAUGAUUAGAACAUAUAUCGAGUCACUGUUCACUUGGUUGUUUUAUUGUCUAUAGUCACUAAGACAGCUCUUCAUUUGUUGACUUUUUUUUAUUAACAAAUGUCUAUUUGCUUGUAGCCGUGAGAUGUUUGAUAAAUGGGAAGCUCAAGAAUGGUGGGGUGAGAAUUUUGAGAAGGUCAUGGAGUUAUACAAUGUGCAGCAACUUAAUCAGCAGAGUGUCCCUGUUCCAACCGCUCCUCCUAGAUCCAAAGAUGAGAGCUGCAGCAAGAACAGUCCUGCAACUCCACCUCUAAACAAAGAAUGUCCUGGAGGAAAAUGCUUACUCACGGCUAACCAAGCAAGAACACAAACACAAAGUCGGUACCACCGUGAUUCGUCUGGUCUUGCAACGACGCCAAAGCUUUCUAGCAUGAGUGGGACCCGAACCGAGACAUCAUCGGUUGAUAUGUCUGCAAGAAGUAGUGGCUCAUCAAGGGAAGAAGAAGAAGAAGAAGAAGAAGAUGGAGAUUAUUCAAUGGAGGUCUCGGUAAGUAAUGCAAGUGACAUGGAAACAGAAUGGGUGGAACAAGACGAAGAUGGUGUUUAUAUCACAAUCAGAGCUUUACCAGAUGGGAGUCGUGAGCUUAGACGUCUUCGGUUCAGCCGAGAUAAGUUUGGAGAAACAAAUGCAAGAUUGUGGUGGGAAGAGAACAUAGCUCGGAUUCAACAGCAGUACUUAUGAUGAUGCUCUCUGCAACAAGAAUCUGACAAAACACAAUCAAAAAACUUUUUAUUUUUUUUUUCAAAAAAUGUUUUUACGUGUAGAA